GAAUUUCGCUCCUUUCGUGGGCGAGACCCGGGGAAAGAAAGCCAGAAGAGUAUACCAUGGGGCAAACAGUGAAGGAAGAGUCAAUGGAUGCCAAGAAGGAGAAUCAAGAGAAAGCUCCUCAAUCAAGCACAUCUGUGCAAAAUGGUCAUAUGGUGGUAGAAUUUCAGUUAGGACCUCGAGUAUCCUGGUUACCAGUGAAAUAUCCUGGCCAGUUGAAUUUUGGAGCAAGGGAUCUGUUUUCACUUUUGACAAAGAUGAUUUUCAGUGGGAGAAUUACUUGAAAGAGACUGGUUCUUUAAGUGCUCCUUCAGAGUGUUUUAGACAGUCUCAGAUUCCACCAGCCAAUGACUUCAAGGUUGGUAUGAAACUGGAAGCCCAUGAUCCUCGAAAUACUACUUCGAUAUGUAUUGCAACAGUCGUCGGCACUACUGGUGCCAGGCUUCGUUUAAGAUUGGAUGGCAGUGAUAAUAGAAAUGAUUUUUGGAGGCUUGUCGAUUCUCCUGACAUUCAGCCUGUUGGGACAUGUGAGAAGGAGGGGGACUUACUUCAGCCUCCACUGGGGUACCAGAUGAAUGCGUCAUCUUGGCCGAUGUUCCUUUUGCGAACAUUGAAUGGAUCUGAAAUGGCACCUGCAACAUUCUUUAAGAAGGAACCACCAAAGCCACCUCUAAAUAAUUUUAAAGUGGGAAUGAAACUGGAAGCUAUAGAUAGAAAAAAUCCGUAUCUCAUCUGCCCUGCAACGAUUGGAGAUGUUAAAGGAGAUGAAGUUAAUAUCACAUUCGAUGGCUGGAGUGGAGCAUUUGAUUACUGGUGCAAGUAUGAUUGUCGAGAUAUUUUCCCAGUUGGGUGGUGUCGCCUGACAGGAGAUGUACUACAACCACCAGGAACUAAUGUUUCCAUUACCAAGAAUAUAGCCAAACCAACCCAGCGUUCAAUGCAGACUUCACAGAAAACUGCUAUAAUAUUACCAACACAGCAGAUCAAGAAAUCAGGUCGGGCUAAACCAUCAAUCCCCAAGAAGAGAACUUCUGUUAAAAAUCCCAUACCAAGGAAAAAAGGUACAACCUCAGGAAGAAAGGAAAGGCUUUUUCCUGCUUUUUGUUCCACCUCUUCAGCUUCUAUAAGUGUACUAGCCAGAGAACGUGGCUUUUCAUAUGAUAAGAAUGUCUAUUCUGGGAUGUCUAAAAUAGUGAUGUCCACAGUCUGUGUCUAUAUAAAUAAAAAUGGAGACUGUGGCCCUCACUUGGAUCAGAAGAAAAUCCAGCAACUGCCUGACCACUUUGGCCCGGGCCCGGUUAAUGUGGUUCUUCGGCGGACCGUGCAGGCCUGUGUGGAUUGUGCCUUUCAAAGUAAGACUGUUUUUGGAUUCCUUAAGCCAGAUCAUCGUGGAGGAGAAGUGAUAACUGCCACCUUUGAUGGGGAAACUCGUUCCAUCCAGCUCCCUCCAGUGAAUAGUGCGUCAUUUGCGCUUCGUUUUCUUGAGACCUUGUGCCACAACCUGCAGUGUGAUAAUCUUUUGAGUAGCCAGCCUUUUAGCUCUUACAGAGGUAAUACCCAUAGCCCUGCAGAACAUGAUAAAAAUAAAUCAGUAAAAGAAGACAUAGAAAACAAAGGCAUCAAACGACCUUCUGAGCAACCUCUACCUUAUGUUGUUCCGCUCUCUCCUAAGCUGCCCAAAACAGCAGUGCAAGCCACUAAAGAGGAACCAUUGUCUUCUGAGGGCAGUAGCAUGCCCAAAGAGGAGAAGCUUUCUGACGAUUCCAAGAAUCCACCACUAAAUCCAACAAGUUUGAAUCCUGUGUGCAGAAAUCCUAUAAGCAUACCUACUGCAGUCUCGAAGAAUUUUUCUCUAAGUAUGCCAGGCACCUCAAGUUCAGCACUAUUGGGGACCACAUCAUCCACCAAGAGUAGUUACCAUGAAGUUAAAUUCCAAGUGCAGAGGAAAAGUGAAGCUCCAAGUUAUAUAGCUGUACCUGACCCCAGUGUCCUGAAACAAGGCUUCUCUAAGGACCCUUCAACCUGGUCUGUGGAUGAAGUGAUACAGUUUAUGAAACAUAAAGAUGCUCAAAUAUCAGGCCCCCUCGCCGACCUCUUCAGGCAACAUGAGAUUGAUGGAAAGGCUUUGCUACUACUCAAGAGUGACAUGAUGAUGAAGUAUAUGGGACUGAAGCUGGGGCCAGCACUAAAGUUAUGUUACUACAUUGAAAAACUUAAAGAAGGAAAAUACAAUUGAAAAAAAAUGUGUAAGUUUAGAUUGGACAUAAUUCUCAGUGAUAUGGAUAACUUCUUAAUUUAAAGGGUAUUUUAUUCUCUUAGUUUUUGUUAAGUAGCCGGUUCCUCUAAAAAUAUAUCCAGAAUCGCAGAACUACGUUAUGGUCCAAUCUACGUCUUUAGAAACCAUUUAACAUGUUAGUAUUAGUAUAUUAGAAUAUUCAAAUUGGACAUUAGUUUUUUUAUGUCUUUUUAUUAUUUUUAUUUACAAAUGUACUUCAUGCAGGAAACAAACACCUUCGAUUUUGGUCAAUAUUUAUAUAGAGAACCAAAACAGCUAAAUCCCAAAGGGGGAAUGUACCAGUAACUGACAAGUUUUCUAUUGGAAUUCAUGAGAAAUUUUCCUUAGGAAAGAAUGUAAGGAUGCACUAUACAUAUCAUCUCUUUCUCAGAUGUUUGAUGUCUGUUACUGCUACCUUGUGCUCUACCAGUGUCUAGAAAGGAAAUAGCCAUAUAAAUUAUUUUCCUUUCGUUAUUGUUUCUCUGUAUGUUUUAUCUGUUCAUAUUUAAAAAAAAAAAGCAAGGUUAUAAACUUUCAUAAAGUGUUCUUACCAGUUUUUGAUACAUUUUGAACAAUUAUAGGAUAAAUACAAUAGUUGUUUUAUGCAAGAGACCUACUACAAGGGGGGUAUUUGGAGAAGUCCGAAUACAUUUUUUCAAUAAUAUAUCUAUUCUUUUAAAACUUUACGUAUUUUCACUAUGAUAAGACAUUUAACUAAACAUUCAUUUCUCACAUAUAUAUGAAUAUACACCUGUGCCCAAAUUUUAAAAAUAUAUAUAUUUUAUUGUUUGUGGUUUAUUCCUCAUAUGAAACUAUACCAUAUUUAUGUUAUUCUACAAAUCUGUAUUUUUUUUGAAUUUAAUAUGGCACUUUGCACUGCCACAGAGGUGAUGAUAAACUGUGUAUAUAGUUAGAUGUUAUAUUCUCUGAAAAACGUGUAUCAUUUGCUAUCACUAAUACCUCUCAGCUCAGUCUUCAGGGGUUAAGAAACAGUCUGUAGAUUGGUUUCCAUACAGGGAAGUUCUCUGUCCUAUGCAAUGUUGUUAGUUUGCUUAGUUCUGAGCCAGUUAUUCUGCUAAAUUUUGAAAGAUGUAUUAGUUCUGACUUAACCAUUUUGGGCUUCAUAUUUAAAGUUAGAACUUUUAAGGGGAAAUGGUGCUAUAUGUUUAUUAUUACUUUGUAUAACUUUUGGUGUAAUGUUUGUAAGCUAUGAGAAUCUGCUAAAAAGUAAUAGCCAUUUGUUGUAAAUGCCCGUAAAAUAUACACCAGGGGCAAGAAUGUACAUUUUCUCUUUUAGGAAACCAAAUGUACUUUAUACAAGAAUGCAACUAUUUAAAGAGUAAUUUCAUCUAUGUUGUUCCUUUUGUGUUAUAAGACAAAAUUCUAAUUUAAACUUGGCCUUCCUUCAAAUUGUUUGUAUGAAGAUGCUGUGCCCAGCUGAACAGUCCUCAGGUGUUUGUAUUAAUAUUGUUCUACAGUUUUCAGAUUUUAAAAUAUAAUAAAGUUAAAUAACUACAACAGUUAAU